CUACCUCCCUUGACUGGCUGGGCUUGUUAGCACUCACGCCCGUACCUGUUCGCGAGACACCUGUCAGACAGACAGAGAAAGACUUCCUCUGGCAAACCAGCCAGAUUCAAAGGGACACACUGGUCACAGACUCUCAACCAAGCUGCGUGGACGUUUCUUUGCUGGAUAUAAAUUGAAAGCAGGUGGCCUGUAAAGAUAACAGAACAAAGAAGAGAGAGAGAAACCUCUAGAACAAGCAUGUCAAAAGGAGACAAAGAAUCCGUGUUCAUGACCACCAAAGUGCGGACCAAGCUGAAGGGAGAUGGCAGCUGGAUGCAGCGCCGCAAUGAUGCUCAGGCUGAAGCCGACAAGGAGAAACCAUGGUUAGCAGAAGUAAGGGCCAAUCGUUUGAACGGAGCCCCUGUUGAGACAAGCCCAGUGUCGUCACCAACAGCACCCACUCUGCCGCCAGCCAAUUCUGACGCUGAAAGAGCACCAACGUCAGGAUUCCUGAUAAGAGGCAUCUUCACUAAACUAAACAAGCCUGCUUCAUCCCCAACAACUAACGGUGUCAGUGAAACAACGACACAAUUCUCCAAAAAACCUUCAGAGAGCUAUAAGAAAAUAGCCACCUACACUGUAAAGCCCACUCCAGAGAACCAGGAGAGCCAGCUUAGCACAGAGGAGCAGGAGAAACGGACGGAGGCAGCCAGCAGUGUAGUGAAGAAAUCUGCAGCCAGGCAACGGUCUUAUGUGUUUUCUGCUGCUAAGAAAUCUGAGCCUCAAGAAACGGAGCCUGACACCUCAUUGGCCGACAGCAGUCCAUCAUUUGUGGCUCGAAGGGUGGAGAUUACAGAUGAUGAGAGUGCUGUGACUCCGGCACCUCCCGCUGUCGUCCCAGUGACAUCUGUUGCCUCCGUGCCUGAGCCCAGACCCAGGAAAAUAGUCGACACCAGGGUUAAGACAGCCGUUGAUGUCGCUGUUAAUCAGCCGGGGGUACCGAAGGUGAAGGAGGCCGCCCCAGAGCCUGCGAAGGAUGACCCCCCUCCGGUUUCUGUUGUAGUAAAAGACCCAUUUGAAGGCAUGAAGCCAGGAUGCACCAAGGUGGCCACUCCUCUCCCUGUACUCCUCCCCGAGUUAGUUCAGACAGUCAGUGCAGAGCCAGAACUUGAGGAUUCAAACGUUUCUGGCCAAGUUUACACCCCUUUGAUUAAAUUCACCCCGGCGUCACCAACCCCAUUGUCACCUACCCCUGUGUCACCUGUCCCACUGUCUCCUGCCCCUGAGUCUUCGGCAAUAGUCACAGUGACGAUUGAACCUAUACCUGAACCAGAAACAGCACCAGCUCCAAAGCCACGCUCCAGUGUUGACACGCUCACCGCCUUGUCCGGCACUCUCAUUUCUUUCGACACAAGUUCAACCAGCUUUGUGGAUGAUGAGCCAGUGCUGGCAGAGGAAGAAGGAGGCUCAGUGGACAGACGAACCUCAGAGGACAGUGUUGAACCGGAGCCAGCUCCAGAGAUCAGCAACUGUGCACCAGUGACAGAUGAUCUCCUGGCUUUCACUACUGGUCCAGAGGAGUCAGCAGUGCCUGUUCCCCCCAGCCCAGGACGCUGGAGUCAAGAUCUGCUGAGCGGACUAGACAGUGAGUCGAACCCAGUGAAGACCAGUGGCACCCUGGAUCUCCUGGCUAAUGAUGUCCUUCUAAUCAACACAGAGCCAAGCAGCCUCAACAUGCAGCGAGAGGAGGAGACAGAUGAGACAACCAAAGAAACACAAAGCAUCACAGAGACAGUCACUAUAACCACCAAAACUGUGAUCAUUACUGACAAAAGCCAGGAGUUCAAUGCUGAUCCGUGGAGCUCACAUGUGACGACCACAGUCACUGAAUCAAGCUUGGCUGAUCCGUUUGAUCCAUAUCCAAUGGGGACCACAUCCUCUAACAGCUCAUCUGACCUGCUCCAGCCUCUCUCUGAUAUUUCCAUCAACAGGGCGUCUUUGACUUCUGUGGAGAACAAAGUUCCAAGUGCAGAAACCAACCAGGAGGACAAUGCUGAUCCGUGGAGCUCACAUGUGACGACCACAGUCACUGAAUCAAGUAAUGCGAUGGAAUCCCUUGCAGACAACAUCAUCCCUAUCAGCACUGACACCACAAGCCUAAGCUCUCAUCGCUCAUGGGCACGCACGUGGGAAACCAGCACACCUCUGCAGGCUAACAUGGAAGAGAGCCAAGAAGCUGUGCCAGGAGGCCAAACUGUAGAUCAACAGACGCUGGUCAUGUUUGAGAAAAAGUCCAAAGAGAAUGACUCCCCAUGGGACAAAUGGACCUCACCCACUGUCUACACUGUCACUCCAGAAGAGGAGGAGGAGGAGGAGGAGGAGGAGGAAAGCUUUGCCGAUACACAGACAGAGACGCGCACAACAACCAUCACCACUAUCAGGGAGAUACACAGUGAACCACAGCCCGUUAUGGAUCGUUAUGAAACCUCUUCCAGGACCGUAAUAGUAGAAGACCAGCGUGUCCAAUCACCAGAACCUGAGGCCAAAAAGGGGUUUGUGUACGUGAAGGAGUAUGUCAAUGCAACAGAGCUGUCCUUGCAUAAUGUCAGAGACAAUACCGAUGGUGGGUCAGAUUAUUUGACAUCAAGCUCCACCAGUUACUCUUACAGCAGCCCCUCCACCUACUCCAGUGGCUCGUUGUCAUCCGUCUGCAACUUCUGCGAAGAACAGGUGGGAGGUGAUGCCAAGAUCACCAUCGAGCACCUCAAUAUCAACUGCCACCCCAACUGCUUCAAGUGCGGUGUGUGUAAUAAGCCGAUGGGAGACCUUCUCGACUGUAUGUUCCUACAUGGUGGGAAAGUCCACUGCGAGACCUGCUACUGUAAAGCCUUGGACUGAUUAUGGAAGCUCUUCAGCAGCUUCUUAUCCUCGUCCCUUCAUGUUCAUUUGCAUAUAAAGUGAGAACUGCUCUUUCACAAAGUUUGGACUGUGUUCGGUUUGAACUCAGGAAUGAUGUGGUUCAGGGUGAUCAAAAAGACCGUUAUGGUGAACAUUAUGACUAUUGAAUGUUUAUUCUUACAUUAGGUAACAUUUUUCAUUUCUCAAAGAUGUCAUUCAAGCUUGUGGUAUUUUCCUGGGGGGGGUUAAAGCUGCAUCGGCCUCAGUAAACUAUGAAGGAUAUGUCUGUACAUGAUGUGUUACAUAUAACUGUGAACGGACUAAUACUGGUAAGAGGGGUACAAUAUUCUUAUUAUUAUAACAGUAGUUAUGCAAGAAAAUGACUUUAUUACAAAAUGUUUAGUUCUUUUGCUCUUCUUGAUACAAAAUAGUGUGUCCACAUGUAUGAUG